GGUCUUCGAAGGCCUAGCAGCAAAAACCAUUGUCAUAUUCGGAAUCAGCAUAGUCGAUAACCUAUUCUCCACUAGAUUUCAACAAAAAAGCGAGCGGACACUUGGGGCAGUUCCCUCGUUAGUUUCUGUUUCUUUCACUCCAGAAACAUUUUUAUUGAAAAAUAAGGUGAGAUUCGGAAUCAGCGCAAAAAACUACAACAAAUGUUGUAUCUCUCAAUACUAUUGGAGUAGAAAAUUUGUAACCGUCGUAGUGCUCGAAAAAACCUAACGUUUCCGAGUGUUUUUCGUACACUACGGUAUUCAACGACGUUAAACUAAGGGAAAAAUUAUGUUAACAACACUCGCAAAACUCCCGAAACGACUGCCGCUCUAGAAUCUGCAGCGGCUUAGGGACUUGGCUAAUAUGAAAUAAAGAAAGAGCCAAGGCAUAUUAGGUCCCAAUAAUACUGGUCACCCAAUCUAUUGGGACCAAUAAUAUUGGUCAUCCAAUAUAUUGGAUUUCCACAAUAUUAUUGGGUAUUGGGUCAGUUGAGUUCGGCCUACUUUUACAGUACAGACCCAUGCUUUAUAUCUCACUUUCAAUCAAAAUAUAACCCAAAUAGGCGUGCACCGAUUAAUAAUCAAUAUUAGGGCAUUCAGCAAAGUCGUUCCAAAUCAGUUAUAAAAAAGCUCUUGGAGCUCCCGAACGCCUUAUUUUGUAGAAAAAUGUUUGCUCUACCAAACAGGAGCGCUACAAAAAUUUUAAUGCUAUAUAUAGAGAAAAUACAAUAAAUCGAAAACGCACUAUAAUCAUAGAAAAAUAAUCGACAGUCGCUUUUUUCGCAAUUUUGCUCAGUUUUUAAUGCUUAUAUUUCUGUCGCAGAUAACCCUAAAAUGUCUUUUUGCACCUCAGUUUGGUAGAGCAAACAUUUUUCUGCAAAAUGAGACAUUCGACAGCUUAAAGUGCGUUUUUAAAACUGAUUCGGAACGAUUUUCCUAGCAUCGAUUAUUAAUCGGUGCAUGCCUAAUUCCGAUCAGGAUAUGCUUCCCCACGUUUUUACGAAGGUAAGUGAUAUUAAGGUUAAAAAGUUGGAAUCCAGUGUAUUGCGGCACCUAAUAUUAUUGUACAAUAUUAUUGAGUGACCAAUAAUUAUUGGUCCCAAUAGAUUGAGUAUACGAUAAUAUUGGGGCCCAAUAUUAUUGGAUAGACAAUAAUAUAUAUUGCACAAUAUCUUCAGUAAUGAUUGGUAUUGGUGCGUGCCUAGUCCUAAGCAGAAUAGUGACGAGUUUUUACUCAGUCUUAUCGAAAUCGGCAAGUGAAAUAACCUAUAAAAGGAGUUAUCUGGUAUUUUCCGAACAAAAGGGUUUCCAGAAACCCAGUUCUCUGGAAAACCUUCGGAAUGUUCUUGCUGUCUAUUGAUUCUUGAGAAGAUGUCUAGAAAACCGACUCCUACUUUAUCAAGAAGAACACAAGUGUAUGAUCGUUAAUGGAACUUCGAAAAAGACUGGUUUAUUGUGAACUGACAUAUGAUGAUAAAGGAUGAGAUGCAAUAGCGCAGAUGACACGUUGCACUAUAUAUAAAUUGAUAUGAUAACAGAAACAAGUUAAACAAUUUGCCUGACAUCUUACGUUGAUCUUUUUUUGUUUUCUGUUUGUAUAUAGAUAUUACACCUGAAAGAUUAUACGGAUGGGGUAUACCACUUGAUUUAUUGGAUUAUUAUGCACAAUAUGUUUCAUACAAAAAACAAGGACGAAACCUAGAUUUAUCGAUUGAACAAUUAUUUAUUUGCAAAUGUUCAUCGCUACUUAUGUUUGGACGUUAUUGUGAAUAUACCUUUGGGUAUAGAGGAUGGCAUACUAUGAAUGUAGUAGCUUCGAUUCGACAGUAUAUUUCUAAUAAAGAAUACAUGAAUACUUAUAAUAUGUAUUCAUAUAUUCGUUUAAUGCCAUGCUAUGAACUUAUUCACUGUGUUGAUAUAAAUGAUAAUGAACGAUGUAUCGAUUGGCGUGAUAUUUGUGAUCAAGAGAUAGAUUGUUUUAAUGGAGAAGAUGAAGUGAAUUGUAAACAAAUUGAAAUAAAUGGAUGCAAUAAGGAAAAUGAGUUUCGUUGUAGAAAUGGUUUAUGUAUUGAUAUUGAACUUUUGUUUAAUGGAUAUCGUGAUUGUAUAGACGGUACUGAUGAAAAACAUCAAUAUGAACUAGAUAGAUCUGCAGAUAUAAAGUGUUUUAAGUUAGCUAAUACGCAUUGUGAUGAUCGAUUUUGUGGUAAAGAAUCCUUUUCGUGCGGUGAUGGACAAUGUUUAUCAUGGAAUGCGCUAUUUAAUGAUAAACUUUUAUGCAGAAAUGGACAAGAUUUUUAUUAUUUAUAUAAAUUAGAACAGUAUCUAAAUGAUUAUAGUAACGAUGAAGAUGAUGAUACGUGCUUGAAAAGUAUUCAGAAAACUAUCUUAACAAAUCCAUUUGAUAGAUUAAACACGAGCACCAUAACUGACAUGUUUAAAUAUAUUCAAGAUCAAUGUUUAAGUUUGGGUAAAAUGUAUCAAUUUGAUCGUACUCAUAAAAUAUCACCAUUUAUUAAAACAUUUUUUCAUAUUGAUCAGUUUGAAUUGAAUGAACAAAUGGCGCCAUAUUUAUUAGUUUAUGCACAUCGUCCAGCUUUAUUUUGUGCUGAUAUGUUUAAUUGUCAAGGUGAAUGCGUUGCAAAAUACCGUUUAUUUGAUGGUUUUACUGAUUGUAUUGAUAAAUCAGAUGAACAAAAUAAAUUAAUAUUCAAAAAUUUUGAUCCAAUAUUUCUUCAACAUCGUUAUAAAUGUGAAACAAGUUCCGACGCUGUUAUGUUGUAUUUCUUAGGCGACGGCAUUAAACAAUGUACUGAUGGUACGGAUGAAUUAGCAUCUUAUGUAAAUUGGGAUCAUAUUCAUUGUAGUUAUUUUGACCUUGAUGAAUGUAAUUUAAUAAAACAAUCGAAUAUCAUAGAAUAUCUUAUAAGUUUUACUAAAUUAUGUAAUACGAUAUGGGAUGUAAAAUAUGGUCUGGACGAAAUGAAUUGUACAGAAUGGAUAUGUGAUGAAGGCUGGUUAAAAUACAAUCGAACUGAUGAACGUAAUCAAGCAAUGCUAUGGAAUGGAAACUGUAUUGAACGACAUGGCGUAUGUAAUGAUGUUCAACAAUUUCCAGAUGGUAGCGACGAAUUUUAUUGUAAUCAUCAAGAGAUGAAAGAAAUACCUUGUCGAAAUGUAACGUCGCCAACACAAAUAAUUGAUAUCAGUUUUAACGCAAGAUAUUUACGAGGGAACGGUGUUAUAGAUUGUAUCGGAGGUCAAGAUGAGAGAAAUACAUAUUCAUGUGAAGAUGGUUCACCGCUGAAAGACAGAUAUUUAUGUGCAAAUGGGAAUUGUAUCAGAGAAAAAUAUUUAUGUGAGUAA